AUGAAUAUAAUAACUGAUUUACCGACAUUAUCUAUUCCAAUUUUUAUAAUUAUCUUUUUAAUUAUAUUUGGCCUCUUCAACCGCUAUAAGUAUAAGGAUACAAUCAAAACAUUUUUAUCUUUCAUAACAAAAUUAUGUUUAAUUCUGCUUGUUCUUUCUAUUAUUUUAUUUAUUACCCGGAUUAAAAAUAUUCAUGAAGGUACUUUAGAAAGUCAAAAAGAGCAAGAUCAAAUUUUCUUUUUUCCACAAUUUCCACAAUAUAAUGAUUCUACACACCAAUUUGAAUGUACUAAAGUUAAAAUAGACAAUACAGUACUUCAAGAUAAAUCUAGUAAUAUUACUAUUGCCGAACAAAUUGCAGCUAUUUUUGGAUUACUUUUUACUGUGGCCAUUUAUGGUAUAACCUCCAAAUUUAAUUUUAGAAAUACAUGUAUUGUAGAUGAUUUGUUAAUUCUUACAUGUCUUUUGGUCCCUAUCAUUUCGUGGUUCUUCAUUACUAAAACUGUUUAUGUUUUUGGCUAUAACCAUAAUUAUCCUGAUGCACUUGCUUGGCGGGAUUUACCAUUUAUAAAUGCUCUUAUUAAUAUUGAUUUUUUAAGUUUGCUUGCCGAUUUUAUAUAUAUAUUAUCAAGUUUUUGGUUACUUAUAUCUUAUUAUCAACCAUUUUAUAAAAUUAAAAAUCCAUUAGGUGAACCACAACCAACCCAUUUUAUUAGAAAAAGACUUUUCUUUUUUGUUAUAUUCAUUUCUAUAAUAGAAUGUUUUUUUGAAUAUAAUGGAGAUUGUACUACUAAAGUAACCAAUGCCGCUUUUUACUUCAUUAUUACUACUGUUAUAACUCGUUCAGUUUCAUCUUUUUUUUCUACAGAUAAAAAUUUCAAAGUUGAGCUCUAUUUACAAGUUGAUCUAGAUACCAAUGAAGAAGAAUUAAAAAUAAUUGAAGAUAUUCAAAGAAUUUAUCUGAAAAAACCAACUGAACGGAGUGAAGAAUUUAAAAAAGUUUACGAAAAGAUUCGUCAGAUUAUUAGUAAUCAAGAAUGUAUAAAUGGAGAAUUCAAUGAAGAGAAAUUAUUCGGUAAAGACAUAGGAUCUGAUAGUAGUCUUAUUAUCAAAGAAAUUAUCCGUAACAAACUAAUGAAGGCGAAAGAUAAAAUCGUUUUGGAUGAUGGUUUUCAUUGGUUAUGUAAUAAUCAUAUUCUAGGUACAAAAUUUAUAGCCGAGAAACUUAUAGAAAACACAGUGGGAGUUCAUAUAAAUGUUCUCGAGACUGGAAUAUUUCAAUAUCUUACGUAUUCACAUCGGUCAGUUGUUAAUACAAAUUCAAGAAACAUUAAAAUUAAAAAAGAUGAUUCUGAAUACAAAAUAAUUAUAAGAGAGGGAAGAAUAAAAUGGAUUAUAAUUCCUGCGAUCUCAGAGGUUGAAGACUAUUCUAUUGAUAAUUCUUUAAUGGUCGAAGAAAUAAGUAAUGAAUAUAUUGGAAAUCAUAAUGAUGAUCAGAUUAAUUAUCUUAAACAUCUUAUAUUUGUUGAAAAUUUACUUGGAAAAAAAGCGGAUUGA